AUGAAAAACAUAGGGACUGCAGCAAAGUCACCACUGCCAAACGUUCCACUUGCCCGCUGUCGGGUGAGCCCGGUACACAUUCCCACAGGGAGGAGAGGAGCUAAGGGGGACCCAAACCUGCAAGAAAGGGAAGCAGAAGAGAAGUUGCAGCUGUGGACAGAGAUGAUCCCUCCAGGGUCAGAAACACCCAGCAUCCCCUUUUGUUGCAACUCUGAACUAGAUGUGGUCAAGCUGCAUCGAAGUCAACCACCUUCGGACUCCUCCUACCCUCACCUGAGAUUCGCCAGCCAUGGCAGAACCAUGCUACACUCUGCCCUCCACCUGCCUCCCUGUCCAGAGAGGCCAGCAGCCCAGAUUUCCUGCCCAGAAACUCCAGGCUGGCCCCCUAUGCACCUCUGUAACAUCCGCUGCUCUAGAUAUCCCCAAACACCAGCCUCCUUCUCCAAGGUCCUGGGAUGA